GAGGCCGCUCCCCCACCUCAGUUCUCAAAAUAUCUACUACUCUCACUCCUUGCCAAAUGGACCCCGAUCAAAUUCAGAAAUUAUUCCAAGACCUACAAACAGAGGAGAUUCAAGCAGACAACCCCUUCCCACCUCUGUAUUUGACCCAGGACCAGGAGUUCUUCAUCAUGGUCUCGGCUAUCAAGCACGUCAUCUCCGGCGCCAAUUUGGAACCCAUCCGACCUUCCACGUCAUCCUCAUUGGCUUCCUCCAGUGGGACCAAAGCGGAGCAAACCGUGAUAUCGCUUCCAGAAGCCGACACGUGUCCGGUAUGCAAAAUCAACGGCUGUUUGGGAUGUGAAUUUUUCACACUAACCACUAGCACUAGUGGCACUACUGACACCACUGAUGUCGUCGCUGGUGCUGAAGGGGAGAAGAAGAAGAAGAGGAGGGAGAAAAAGCUGUACAGGGGAGUGAGGCAGAGGCCGUGGGGGAAGUGGGCAGCGGAGAUUCGAGACCCGUGGCGGGCUGCAAGGGUGUGGCUGGGCACCUUCCACACCGCGAAGGAGGCCGCCAGGGCCUACGAUAAAGCUGCCGUGGAGUUCCGAGGAGCCAAAGCUAAGACCAAUUUUGCAUUGUCUGACUACCAAUACGAAUUGGAUAGAGCGCUCGAGCGGUCAAAUGCGAGAGACAAGGCGAAGAUGAAGAGCAAAGUCGAGGGAACUUGUGGUGAGACAGUAGCGGCAAGUAAUGAAGCAAAUGAGUUCUGGGCAGGCAUAAUGGAAGACAGUGAGCUUCGAGAUUUGCUGAUGAUGGAGUUUCCAUAGCGCUUACGACUCUGCAAAAUUUGAUGGAUUGAAAUUCGUAAUUCACAGCUUCACAACGGAACUUAUUCAAUUUAUUUUUUCACGAAUAAAAGUUAUCAAAUUAUAAAAUUUGUGAUGAACCCACGCGUGUAGUGUAGACUGUAGUGUAGACUGGAGACAAUUAAACGGGACUUAGAUCAGAUUGCUAUUGUUUCAUUCUUUGGUAGAACAGAGUAGCUAUUGUUUUCUGCUUCCUUCUGGGAAAAAUGAUUUCUUUGUUGUUGUUGUAUCUAGAAGGUGUUCGAGAA